AUGAGUUCUGACAACUCGGAGUCUCAAGCUUCUACCUCCGCCGCAACUGCCUCCGCCAGUCCGGCCGUAGAUAUCUCCGCGUUCUCGCAGCUGCCUCAGCUCCUGCAGGCUCUGAUACAGCAACAGCAACAGCAGCAGCAACACCUCCAGCAGCAGACCACCGUUUCGACUGCUCUACUUCAGCAUCUGUCUCAGCCGAGUCAGCCUCCCGCUCCGGCUUCGGUUUCUCCCGGGAAUUUUCCCAAAUUACAGCCUUUGGAGGACACCGACGAUGCGGAGGCUUGGUUCCUUACCGCCGAACGCCUGCUCAUUGGUUACGGCGUGCCUCCCGAUCGGCGAGCCUUGGCGAUCGUACCCCACCUCAAGGGCAAAGCUCGCAGUGCUUACAACAAUCUGCCCGCGGGUGACUCGAAGGAUUUCGUUCUCAUCAGAACUGCAGUACUCGCACGUUUCCGAUUGGACGCGGAGGAGUAUCGCCUGAAGUUCUGGCGAGACUCAGACCUGAGCCGGACUGCUCCACCGCUAGGAGGUGCUCCAGUAACAGUACACACCGUCCAGCAUCGUGGGUCGUCUGGCAAACCUACGUCCUCCGAACGUGGUUCCACCUCUAACGCCUGUGGAUACUGCGGAGGCAAAUCCCACGCACGCUCAGCCUGCCCGGCACGCGAAAAAACGUGCAACAAGCGCGGGCACUACGGCGCUGUCUGCCGCUCAUCCCGCCAUGCCCGUGCGCUAUCGGCCGAGUCUUCGCCGGGCACCGAUGCCGUCGCUUCUCCCAGCUCCGUGUCUGAGGAAUCUAUUGAUCUGGUCCCCAUCUACAUUGGUGCCGUAUCCGCGCACCCUCCCAGCUGGCAGGUUCAGCUCACCAUCAAUGGCACCACCGUUCCAUUCAAAGUCGACACCGGUGCCGAUGUGUCCGUCAUCUCCGAGGAGGUCUACAACUCCCUUAGCACAUCCCCGCAGCUCCAGCCUUGCCGGCACGUUCUCAUCAGUGCAGCCAACACCAACCUCGAGACAUUGGGCCUCUUCUCCGCGCGGCUCGUCUUUUCCACCUCUGGUUCUUCACACACUUGCACCGUGUACGUUGCCAUAGGCCUGCGCGUAUGUCUCCUAGGGAGCCCUGACUGCGUCGCUCUUGGUCUAAUCAAACGUUUGUUCUCCAGCGACACCGCGUCCGCUACACCACUUUCGACCGCUCCGGAGCCCAGUCAAUCCACGGACGAUGCGCCGGGUAGCUACUCCUCAGCUCCCGCCGGGUCAGAACCUCUGCCUCUGACGACACCUGGCGACGCUAUCCCACAAGACAUACGGCAGGAAUUUCCGUCACUCUUCUCUGGUCUUGGGUCACUCAACGAGCCGUACAACAUCGAGCUCUCACCUGAUGCCAAGCCAUCGUGUCUCUACGCUGCGCGAAACAUCGCACUGCCGCUCCGCUCUAAAGUGGCUACCGAGCUUCAGCGCAUGGAACAGCUUGGUGUAAUCCGCCCUGUCGUGGAGCCCACUGACUGGUGUGCUGCAAUCGUGGCCGCACCUAUGUCCAACGGCACGGUACGCAUCUGUGCUGAUCUGAAACCUCUGAACGAAGCCGUCCGACGGUCACACCAUCAGCUGCCAACAGUAGACGAAACUCUUGGCCAAAUCGGCGACUCAACGGUGUUCACGAAGCUCGAUGCCAACAGCGGGUUUUGGCAGAUCCCGCUGGACAUUCCCUCCCAGCUUCUAACCACCUUCAUCACCCCCGCUGGUCGGUUUUGUUACACGAAGUUGCCGUUCGGCAUUUCCUCUGCGCCUGAGAUAUUCCAGCAGCGCAUGUCGAAGAUCCUGGCUGGCCUGGAGGGUGUGGUCUGCCAAAUGGACGACAUCCUCGUCCAUGGCCGCACUCGUGCCGAGCAUGAUAGUCGUCUCUACGCGGUGCUCCGACGCCUGGUGGAUGCAGGGCUCACCCUCAAUCCGUCGAAGUGUGAGUUCGCCGCCUCUGACCUGUCCUUCUUGGGAGUGCGGCUCACUGCUGCCGGCAUUCAACCAGGUGACAGCAAGACCUCUGCUAUCCAGCGCUUCCGUCAGCCUCAAACCGUCUCAGACAUCCGCAGGUUCAUGGGUCUGGCGAACCAACUGGGAAAGUUCUCUCCCAAUCUCGCCGCCCUCAGCCAGCCACUGCGAGAGCUGUUGUCCAAAGGUCGCGCAUGGACUUGGGAUCAACCACAGCAGGCAGCCUUCGACAACAUCAAGGCAGAGCUCUCCAAGCCAGCCUGUCUGCAGCGCUACGACCCCAACUACGACACCAAACUAUCUGCCGACGCCUCGUCCUAUGGCCUCGGUGCCGUGCUCUACCAGCGCCGGUCCUCAGAUGUUGAGUGGCGUCCCGUCGCUUGCGCAUCCCGGUCUCUCACAUCGGCCGAGCGCAACUAUGCCCAAAUCGAAAAGGAAGCUCUCGCGAUCACUUGGGCUGUUUCCCGCUUUGACACUUACCUGCUUGGCAUGGCGUGCUUCCUCAUCGAGACGGAUCAUAAGCCUCUCGUACCUCUUCUCAGCACGAAGCGCCUACACGAUCUCCCAGCGAGAGUCCUGCGCUUCCGACUCCGCCUGGCACGAUAUCACUACCAGAUCAUUCACGUUCCAGGGAGCUACCUCACCAGCGCCGACGAUCUCACGCGCCCCUCAAGACGACUCCCCGAGUCGGGAUGACAUCACCAUUCAGGCUGAGUGCGACGUGUUCGCUACUAUCGCAGUCGAGAAUCUAGCCGAUCAGACCGUCCCGACGCAGCAGGUUAGAGACGCCCAGCAACAGGACGCUACAUGUCAGCAACUGCGAACCCUCAUCCUCGACGGCUGGCCCGCCGCUAUCCGCGAUGUACCGCAGCCCCUCCGUGAGUUCUGGCCUGUCCGCUCUGACCUCGUCCUGCUCGAUGGCCUGAUUAUGAAAGGCUCCCGGAUCUAUAUUCCCCAGUGCUUGGUGGCCGAUACUCUUCAGCGUCUUCACGCCGGUCACCAGGGCGUCACCCGUACAACCCAACACGCCACAGUGUCAGUCUGGUUUCCUGGCAUCACCGCACGCAUUAAGGCUCUCG